GGGACCAUGUGGGUCAACUCCUCGGACCAGAACCACACGGUGCCGCCGGCCCCGCGGUACAACGUGCCCGCGCUCAUCCUGGGUAUCCUACUCAUUGUGCUCAUCACGGGAGGAAACGUGCUCGUGUGUCUGAGCGUGCACGUGGAGAAGGCGUUGAAAACCACCACCAACUAUUUCAUCGUCAGUUUAGCGGCUGCAGAUCUGAUGCUGGCGCUGAUGGUUCUACCGCUGUUCGUCUACUCCGAGUUUCAGGGCGGAGUUUGGACCUUGAACAUGCUGCUGUGUGACGGCCUGAUGACCAUGGAUGUGUUGCUGUGCACAGCUUCCAUAUUCAACCUGUGUGCCAUCAGUGUGGACAGGUUCAUCGCUGUGUCCAUCCCUCUGAACUACAACCGUAAGCAUGUGGACCUGCGGCAGCUGGUGCUGCUGGCGGCCACGUGGCUGCUGGCGCUGGCCGUGGCCUCGCCCGUCAUCUUCGGCAUCAACAACGUGCUCGACCGUGACCCCAGCGAGUGCAAGCUGGAGGACAACAACUACAUCGUUUACUCCUCCGUGUGCUCCUUCUUCAUCCCCUGCCCCAUCAUGCUGCUGCUCUACUUCGGGGUUCUCCGCGGGCUGCGGCAGUGGGAGGAGUCUCGUAGAACCCGCCUCCGCAGCAGCAUCGACGCCUGCAGGAAGCUGCAGCACGCCGCCGCCGCCCUCCCCCCGCUGCCCGGCACCAUCCCCGGGCCGCUGCCCAUGCCUCUGCCCAGGAUCAUCGAGAGGGACCUGGCCCAGUCUCGACUGGAGGAAUCAGACGACUGCACCAAGCAGGAGCUUCCUUAUCCUCGGCAGUACCGAGAGAACUCGGUCCCCACGGUGAACUUCAGCCAACUGCAGCGGAGGAAGAAGAGGGCGAAGAUCAACAGCAGGGAGAGGAAGGCCAUGAGGGUGCUGCCGGUGGUGGUAGGUUGCUUCCUGUUCUGCUGGACGCCGUUCUUCGUCGUCCACACGACACGAGCUUUGUGUUUGAGCUGCGCCAUCCCGCCUGGGCUGAUGAGCACCGUCACCUGGCUGGGCUACGUCAACAGUGCUCUCAACCCCAUCAUCUACACCGUCUUCAACACCGAGUUCAGGAAGUUCUUCAAGAAAUGUUUCCUCAGCUGCUGCUGUCUGCAGCUUCCACCGAGGCGCUGA